AUGUCACUAUCAACCCUUUGCUUCCCCCUAUCACCUCUAUGUGCAUAUGCUGCAGUGCCAUAUAUCUCUGCACAUACAACAUUCUUUGUACAUACCAUCUCAUGUGGCAUUACACCAAGUGAGUGCACACUGCAUGCACUCUUGCAGACCACCACCCACUCUUGUUUUGAUUGUUCAGAUCAACUCCAAAACUAGGAUCCAAUAAACUAGGGAGGGUGACGUUGUACCUAUGGGUUAGACCUAGGUGAGAAAACAUUGAAUCUGGUUCUGUUAGAGUAAACAAAGAUCAAACAUUGAAUAUACAAACUAAUACUGUGGCAGAGGCUAUGGCAAUACGGGAUGGUUUGUUUCUUUGUGAGGAGCAAAAUAUUACUAACAUUGUCUUAGAAUCUGAUUCCAAAGUGUUAGUGGACAUGUUACGUGCAGACUCUUGUCCUCAUUGGAGGCUCAACAAUAUCUGGGCAGACAUCAUGCGAUGUCGAAGACGCAUCACAACUAUUACGCAUCAAUUCCGAGAAGGGAAUCAGACAGCUGACGCCCUUGCUACGCAUGGAGUCAGAUCGCGUCGGAGGACAGUCUUCUCUUUUUGGUAGGACAUGCCCCUGGAAGCCCGAGGUGCUCAUAGACUUGAGCGACUCGGCAUACCCUCUUUACGCAUACACCGCACUCCACUACCGGCACCUCCACGACAGUGGCGUAUUGCUUGGAGGAGAUCAGGGGUGGUUACUAUUGGCCGCUGAAGACCACAAUGGAGAUACAGGUGCGUGUUUCCUUUGUCUCUAUUUUCAGGUCUAUCACAAGCCACAACCAUGACAUCACCAUGGCGCUCAUCCCAUGCCACCGAUGUGGAAUGCACUUUGCCUAUCAGCACAACACAGACAACAAAGCACAUCGUAAUCCACUCGGGUACAUUACUUCCAAUCAUUACUCUCCUCAUAAUCACAUCACAUCUACUAUCUAUCAUGCUCAAGUAGUGAGGACAUAGAACUAUCAGCAUAUGUUGGCAUCGGCCCACUUUUGAACUAUAGGUCUAUAGCACAUCAGACCUGCCAAACUAGUUGUGAAUCGGCAACCUAGCACCUCUCUCAAGAUCUUAUUAGUACCAUCAGCCAGCUUGAACCCAUGAGAAGGUAAAGAUCUAUAUCCAUAGGAUUGACCCUCUCUCCUCUCUCUCUCUCUCAAUUCUCUAUUUCUUUCUCCCUCCCUCUCUCUCUCCAGAAAAAAAAAAAAAGAAAAAAAAAAGAAAAAAAAAGAAAAAAAGAGACAGCCUACUUCUUUUCCCGAAAUCACUAGCCCAUCAUAGACAAUUAGUGGAGGGUGAGGGAAAGGGCCCUAAAACCAAAAAAAAAAAAAAAAAAAAGGGCAACCUUUUUCCCUUCCCUUAAUCACUAGCCUAAUGUACACCAAAUAAUGGGCAUUAGUGGAGGGUAAAAGAAGAGGCCCUCAAGGAGAGAGAAAGAAGAGAGAGAGAAUAAGAGAAAAGAAAAGAGUUAGAACUAGAGACCAAGUCAUUCCUCGUGGGGUGAAAGGUCCCUUACCUACUUAGAGGAAGUACGGCAACUGAUGAUACUAACAAGAUCUUGGCCAGAGGGAUUAGGCGCGUGCAACACUAGCAAGGCAAGUUCAUAUUUGGGCUUAUUGUCAUGCUUCAGCAUAGUUCUAUCCUCUCACUGCCCUAAUCACUCUUUUCUCACCACUUUAUAUCAAUUUAUUUAUCUCUUAGAACCACUUACUGCAGCAAACUCUUGUCUUGCAGGAACAUUGCAUGGUGCACAACAUGGAGCUCUCGUCCUACUCCUGUUGAGCAGAUCUUCCAACUUUCAUGCACUCAAAGGCUUUUUCAACCCAAUGCAAAUCAAUCACCUUCCUCAAAUAUGAUGAACGCCUUGGAGUCUAUCUCCAGUAUCAUCACAUCCCCUCUUCAAAAGAGGUCUUUCAUUCUUCAUGUCAUCCUCGCCCCCUGUGCGAAUGAGAUCCCACUUAUGUAACCUCGGAAUGAGGUCAAACUUUUAUCACUCAAUCAAAUUUCUUCUUCUUAAAAAAAAAAAAAAAAAAAAACAAAGAUCAGACAACAGAAGAAGGCAGGCGUAUGUAAUUUGACUACUUUGGUAAUAAUCUUGCUUGUGAGUCAAAGGGUAAUGAUCUAGUACAUAGGUUUCCAAAUACACACUCACAAAAAAAAUUAUGAAAAAGUGGAAAGAUAUGAUGAUGACUGACGUGACUCAGUCGUUGUAUGUUAAAUCACGCAAAUAUAAAAUUUAUAAAACUAGAAAAUACGAAUUUUCGGAUAUUUAGAAGUAUUUCUAAAUAAAUAUAUCAAUUAUAAUUCAAUAAAAAUUCCAAAAAUAGUAGUAAUUUUCCAAGUCGAUCACAGGGAUGUAAUAUAAUAUCUGGUAAUUAUUCAGAAUUUUUCUCAAUGAGUACGAUUUUCUUACGAAUUUUAUACUAGGAAAUAAAAAGGAAAUAUAUUUAAAAUUCACAAAAAAAAAGGAAAUAAGGGUGCGGACGUCAGGAUGACGUCAGCGCCCGGCGAACGCGAAUCAGGCGGAAACACAGUUCCGCCCGGCGAUUCUUACGUAGGCGAUUACAGACGACUCAAUUAAUCAAAUUAAGAUCUGUAAAAGCCGGAAGAAUCGUAGUUGAACGAAGUAUAGUUUGGUAAAUAAAAAUCAACAAAGUAUCACUAAAUGAAGCGUAAAUUAAAUUGAAAGCAGGAAAACAGAGUUCCGGCGUCGCGACGGCGAUGCGUCGGCGAUGCACCGGAAUCCUGAGCGUUCGGGAGGAUCGUCGUGCAGUGUCCACGGCCUCGAAGGCUCUCCUUGGACAAAGACGACGUGGGCAAUCUCUAGAUAAAGCAGGAAAACAGAGUUCCGGCGUCGCGACGGCGACGCGUCGGCGAUGCACCGGAAUCCUGAGCGUUCGGGAGGGUCGUCGUGCAGUGUCCACGGCCUCGAAGGCUCUCCUUGGACAAAGACGACGUGGGCAAUCUCUAGAUCUUCUCGCGAAGUCUAGAGACCAAUGAAGUGGGUCGUCGAAUCGUCUCCGGCGGCUGUCACCCGGCGGAGCGGAAAAACGGCGACUUUGCGGCUCUCCGGCGGCUGUCACCCGACGGAGAGGGGCUGGAUGGAGGUGAGGCGCGUGUUAGGGAGCUUCAUCCUCAGGUCCGCGCAGCAAGAGGAGGCUCUUCAUCGCAUCUGGUACGCUCUCAGGAGGUGGCGACUGGUCUCCCGGCGGAUCGUCCUCUUCCCGACGACGGCUUGUUCGUCGAUCAAUCGGAGAUGAUUUACUCGAUGGAUUGCGAUCCUUUUAUCGCGAAUCGUUCAGAAAUUUUAGUAGCAAUGCUCCGCGAAUCGCGUUGACGAGAUUUUCGCCGAUGAUCCAGCGAUUCCGGUUGCUUAAUCCUUCACCGGCGAUCUGCAGGAAAGUCGCGAUAAUCAGUUAAAAAUAUAUGAAUUUUGACUCUAGGAGGAUUCGAACCCGCGGCGGUCGCCCGCCCCUUACAAGGUGGAUUUAGUCCCACAUCGGUUGUGGGCGGAUUAUUCGGGCGAAUAUAGAGUAAAGUUAGCUUUCUAGGCAAAGUCCUCUCGCGUGUACGACCACUCCUUGCCCCACAGCCGGCUGAUCACCGGUGACGUGGAAGGGGAGUGGCGCACACGUGCCCCUACCGAUCCAACCAAUCCGCUCGAGCCCCUGCUCGCGGCUACUCCCCGAUUGCGCUUCCGACCCGCUUGCGGGCCCGGCUGGCCGGCGGAUCCCCCGAUUUUGCAAUAUUUUUAUUUUUAUUUCUUGUUCUUCAUUUAUCUCAAAACUAAGACUGUAAAAAUCGUAUAAAAUCACAUAAUUACCCAAAAAUUCACGUUAAUCAACUGAAAACCACUUUUCAUGCUUUAACACAAAUAUAAGUCUAUUUAUCAUGAGUUAAGGCUAAAACUAUAUUAUUUACUGAUUAUUAACUCAUGAUAAUGAAGACUUAUCAAUGACAACUCUCACAAGAAUCAGAAUUUUUUCAACCAGCUAUGAUGUAUAAUAAAUGAGGUCCUUUGGCAUACAUUGAAGUUAUCCUCUUCCAAUGGGUAAGCUGAAUUAUCUUCUUGUCACUAUUCAAGGCCAUACAUGGGCAAAAUUUCUAUGGAAUGUUGUGACCAUAUCAAUAAAUCAAAUCUCUAUACAAUAGUGAGUCAAUAAAAUGGUUGAAGAAUAUGUACAACAAAGUUCUAAUUUUCCAUCAAUGUUGAGUAACACUAGUGUAGUAAAGUAUGAGAAAGAAUUAUAUGAAUUAUAAUAUAAACAUAUUCAUGAUUCCUAUCAUUAAUGUAUUAUAUAGACAUUUGUGUGUCUGAUGCAUCCAUUUGGAAACUAUCCACUAGCAUAUUCUCAUAUUGUUAUGAGUGGAUAGAGAAUAA